AUAAAUACUGUAACCAUACCAUAUCUCUUAUCAGUUAUUAUCAUUUAUUUUUCGAUCUUAUCUUGUAGGUUAUGGCCGUGGUCUUGGUAAAUAAUUUUCGAAAAAUAAUGCUUAACGCAGUCGUUUUAAACGUUCAAAUUUCAAGUCGAUUGUGUUCAAACUAAUUGUCAACCUAUUGAACCUGUUUCUUUUCAGAAUUAGACCUUCAACAUUAAACGACAAUGAAACCGAUCGGAAGUUGUUUCGCUGUCGGUUUCCGUUUGGCUGCAUGCAGUGCCACUGCCAGACGAACGUUCGUGUCCGAGGUAAAAAAAUCAAAACCAAAAAUGUCACUGUUGGAUAGCAUUAAACCGAAUGAUCGUAGUGGAAUUUUAUCGGCUGUUGAAAAAGAUAGCCAUGGAUUCCCUUCGUAUAUCACACUCAAAGACUCUAGUCCUAUACUGAGGUUAGCGUUGGAAAUAUAUUCAAAUACUGCAGCUAUUUAAUAGUAUUUCUGUAGUUUGUGCACAAAAAGACUUUAAUUUUUUUUAAAUAAUCUAUUAUUUUAUUGAUUUUUAGCCAAGCUAUAAUGGCCGUGAAAAACAAAAAAAUGCGCCAGAAAAACGCCUACAUACUUGUGGAGGGAAAACGUUUAAUACAAGACGCGUUGAACGCUGGUGUUAAGCCAAAACAGAUAUUCUUUAGUCAGAAGAGAGUAUUAGAGCAAUUGUGUUUGCCUGAGAAACUAAGAGAUCUUUCAGUUUCAGAUACAAUAUUUUAUCAUACUCCAUACAAAAUGAUUCAAUUGUUUUCAGACAUUGAGACUUCUCAGGGAAUUAUGGGUAUGUCAAAAUGGGUGAAACUAAUAGUAAAAAAAAAAAAAAAAAAACGCUAAAUUAUAAUUUACAUAUUUAUAGGUAUUUUUGAAACGCCUGUUUUUGACUUCAGAGCAAGAAAAAAUGCAUUUCCGAUUACAGUAAUUUGUGACAAUAUCCGCGAUCCUGGUAAUUUAGGUGCAGUUUUAAGAACUGUGACAGCAGUUGGGAUAUCACAAAUUAUUUUAAUGAAAGGUAUUAAUAAUAAUAAUUUUGUUUGAAAUAUACUUAAAAUGAUAUAUUUGAAACCAUGUUUGUAGGUUGUACAGAUCUAUGGGGAAGUAAAGUUUUGAGAGCAGGUUGUGGUGCUCAUUUCAGAAUGAAAAUAAUAUCAAAUGUGAGCUGGAAUAAAUUAGAAAAUUUCAAGGGUUUAGUGUGUUUAGCUGAUAAUAAUGAGUAUAAUAAUAGUGAUCCUUCAAACAUCUCUGACAAAGAAAUAAAUGUUUUUAGGAAAACUGCUUCUAUUAAAUUACCAAUAGUUCCUUAUUACGAAGUCGAUUACUGUAAAACCACUCCUUUAAUACUCGUGAUUGGUGGCGAAACGCACGGUUUGAGUAAAGAAGGGUAUGAAUUUGCCAGUACUCAUCAUGGUAUUCGCUUAAACAUUCCUCUUUUAAACGGAAUCGAAAGUUUAAAUUCAGCGACGGCUAUUGGUAUAUUAUGUUAUGAAGCCAGAAAGCAAAUGUUAAACUUAAUAAGAUGUCCAGAGGAAACUGAUGAGAUUGAAAACUGAGAUUAUAAUUAUUAUGUUAAACUUGUAGAAAAUAUUUUGUAUCGAGCAUUAUUAUACGUGUAAAUAAAGAAAGAAGAAUUUGUUUUUGAUUCAAUAUUUGUAAACUUUGAAACCUCACGUUGUAAUACAGCCUACACACAGUUGUCACGUCAAUAAAUUCAGGAUUGGUUUAUGAAGGUUGACGAGGGACUAGGGGACUCACGGUGAGUAUUU